AGUAGCCACCGGAACGGAACAGAAAUGCUGGAUUUUAACUCCACUGAACGAAGAUUUGGGAAUUGGAGAUAUGGGUUUUGUGAGGAAAGUAACUGUUGUUGGAGAAAGAAUUGAGAGGCUCUGCAUCUUGGGGUGCUUCGCUUAUGCCCACCACUCUAGCUUGGUUCCGUUACCUGCCCUUUGUUCUGUAAUGUAGAUAAGGCUAUCGCCUCCGGCAGUCGCUCGCUCCCCGCUUUCUGAAGUUGAAGGAGUUCAGUCUUUACUUUUUAGUGUACCAAAAAAAAAAAAAACAAAGUUCAAUUUUAGCA